CCGAAUCGGGGCUGGAACCCCGCCCUGGCCCAGUGACCGCAUCACCACCGGGUCGUCCUCCGUCGAUAACGAUAAGUCCUCCAACUACUGAACCGACCCGGAUUACCUGCUUUUACCAAACAAUCCUACAAAAUCAUCCACACCACCGCCAUCAACCAGACAACACACUCACACUCACACACAUACAAUCACCAUGUCUUCCCCGAACCACUCACCCCCCGGCAUUCUCCACGAAUACGCUCCCCACCUCGUCGCCUUCGAAUUCAGCUCCCCCACCAACGACCCCAAGCCCAACACCCUCCUCUUCAUCGGCGGCCUCACCGACGGCCUGCACACGGUCCCCUACGUCCACACCCUGGCGCAGACCCUGACACCCAAAAGCACAUGGAGCGUCUUCAAUCUCCUCCUCAGCAGCUCCUACAGCGGCUUCGGCACGGGCAGCCUCGACACCGACGUCGCCGAGAUCGCCCAGUGCAUCGAGUUCAUCCGCACGCGCCUGCCGCACAAGGCCGCCGGCAAGAUCGUCAUCAUGGGCCACUCGACGGGCAGCCAGGACGUCCUGCACUACCUGCACUCGCAGCAGCCCCGAAACCGGCCGGCGGUCGAUGGGGCGAUCAUGCAGGCGCCCGUCUCGGAUCGCGAGGCGCUGCUGGUCAAGAUCCAGGAAGCCGACGGCUUCCAGAAAAAUGAAGUGCGGGGCGCCUACGAGCAACUCGUGCAGAUGGCGCGCACCGGGCCCGCCAACUUCCUCCUGCCCAUGGACUUGCUCGCCCGCGUGGGAUUGCCCGAGAAUACGCCGGUCACGGCGGCGCGGUUCUGGAGCUUGGCCAGUCCCGACAGUCCCCAGCGGCCGAGCGCGGAUGAUCUGUUCAGUUCGGAUCUGGGGGAUGAGAGUCUCGCAGCGACGUUCGGGAAGGUGGCGGAGAGGGGUCUUUUGAAUGGGAGGCUGAUGGUUCUGUUCUCGGGGGCGGACGAGUAUCUUCCCCCCUGGGUGGAUGUGCCGGGGUUGAUGGGGAGGUGGAAGCAGGCCGUGAAUGGUGGGGGGCAGAAUAUCUGGGAUAAUGAGGGCAGUGCGGCCAUUGAGGGGGCGAGCCAUAAUGUGAGUGACGUUGGGCAGGAGGAGCUGGUGCAUCGGGUCAGUCGGUUCUUGGAGAGAGUUGAGAAGCCAACCUAAACGCUGUGGAGAGUUAUCUGCACCGAUAUCUUUUCACUGAGCCAAGAGCCAAGGGGGGGAGGAGAAGUUCUAAAAAUGUACAUACUAGAAGAGGGCGACAACGGGAAUUUUGACGACAAGAAUAGACAACGGAGGGUAUAGUUAGAUGAUAGAUGGUAAGAAAAAAUGAUCAAAGUCGAUAAAGUCAACCCCCAAAAAACAGAGCAGUCGGGAAACAAAUGCCCCAAUCCCCCUUAAAACAGAAGACAUCUCUCGAAAAGCAUCCAAUUAAACCUUCAACCACAGAGUCAUCACCCCCUUCAAAUACUCGACAAUCUCAUGCCCGC